AUGGGAGCAGAGGAGAGCGAGUUAACAAACACUAAUGGUGGUCUGUCAUUCUCAGAAAAACUUCUAAUUUAUGCUGGUUCAUUGGGGACUUUUCUUCUCCUAGGAAUAUGGCUUCUUAAUUGCAAUCUUUGUUCAAAAGGACGUGCUAUUUCAGUACCCAAUAGCCAUUCAUCAAAAUUUACAGCCCAAAAUCUGAGCUUUGCAACCAGAGAAUACCAUGAAGACAACUUAAUGAGCUCCUCACACUGGAGUUCUCUCUACAAAGGAAUUUUUCAGGAUGGUUUAAUGGUGGCAAUUAAGAGGUUGCAUUUGGACAACUCUGAGGAAGCCAAGCAGAUUUUUUCAGAGGUUUCAGAUGGUUUAAUCAAGCUUCGACACCAGAAUCUCUUACGUGUAUUGGGAUCCACCACAACUUCAGAUUACAUGCAACUGGUUAUGGAGUACGUAGAUCACAAGAGCCUACACCAUUAUCUUCAUCAGGGAGAUCCUUGCAAUUUAAGCUGGGAAACCCGUCUUAAAAUUGCUCAUGGAAUUGCUUGUGCACUGGCUUAUUUGCACCAAGAAUGUAAAGUUAAUAAUAAGAGCUCAAUUGUUCAUGGAAAUCUAAAGCCAAGCAAUAUUUUUGUGAAUGUGCACAACCAGGAGCCCCUCGUGAGCGACUAUGGCAUUUCUUCACUAAUCGAGAACUAUUCUCAUUCUUCUUCUGCAUUUAAGGAAGAAUUAUAUGGUUAUGCAGCUCCAGAAUGUAAGAGAUCAGAGCAAACAACAAGAAAAUCGGAUGUAUAUAGCUAUGGCGUGCUGCUUCUUGAAUUGUUAACUAUGAGACGACCUACAAGUGAAGAUAUAGUUGGAGAUUUGCCAGGAUGGGUGAGAAUAAAACUUUGUGAUGGAUAUCCAAAAUCCAUGGAUUGUGUUUUCUAUAGGACAGCUUCGACUUCUGCAAAGAAAAAGAUGGUGAGAGUUUUGGGUCUUGCAUUGAUUUGUACGAGAGAUGAUCCAGAGAGAAGACCGUCCAUGAAAGAGGUGCUUCAAAUGCUUCGUCAAAUAAUGAAGGAAAAUGAGGAAAGGGUGGUUCCUGCUCCUCUUUGUGAUAUUGAUCAAGAAGUUCUGGCUGAACAUGCUAAGAAACCCAAUUCCUACUCCAUUGCCCACCAAGGUCUUAUUCUGUUAAUUUAUGAGUAUCUUAAGGAUAAAGUUAAGGCUAAUAAGGAUGAUCCCUUUGAGGAGAAAGCCCAUAUAUCUGAGGAUUAUGAUAGUUUUGAGUCCGAUGAUGAUUCUACCAAUCCUCCCCCUAAAAAGAAAUCAAGGGUUAGUAAGAAAGAUGAAGAAGAUGUUGAAGAGUCGGUUGAUUCUGAGCAGGAGAAGGAGGUGGAAAAAGAGGCAAAGAAUGAGCAGGAGAAGGAGGUGUCUUCCCAAAAUAUGAAUGCGAUGGUUGCUUGCAUGGAGAAGGAUAAGUGGAAUAAAGACACUAUGAUUGUUGAUGAUGAGCUGGGUUCUAGCUCUAUCCAACAUUCUUCCAGGCCCAGAACUAGGCAAAAUACUAAAGAGCUGGAGCUGAAGACCAAAGGUAAUCAACAGGUGCAAGAAAGUAAAGACCUAAAAGAGGCAGAAAAUGUGAUGAUGAUGCUUGUCAGGGAUGCUGAGGAGACCAUAAAGAUUUUCACCUAA